AUGGCAAAAGGUGGUGACGUAAAGCAGGAGAAGAUCACGUUUGGUGGGAUGGGAAAAGAACCUGGAAAAUUCCUGGGGAACAAGGGAACAGCCGUGUCUGCUGACAAUGAGAUAUUUGUGACUGAUCAGCCAACCAAACGAGUCCAGGUCUUCAGUAUAAAGGGGACCUUUCUCCGCCUCUUUCCAACAGUCGUGCCGGGUGAAAGUACGAGAAUGUACCCUCAUGAUGUUGCUUUGGACGUGGAGUCUGGCUACCUGUGGGUACUGGGGAAGAGCUCGCGCUCCAAUGACGGACAUGUCGUACAGUACAGUAAGAACGGACAGCCCAUCAAAAAGUUUGACGUAAGCCUCAAGGGCUACUCUCCCGUCAUUGCAACGGACGUGCGCAACAAUAAAGUUAUCGUGGGAGACAAAACAACCAUUAUGAUGUUUGAUCCAAACGGCUCUCGCAUUUGGAGUUCAAAAGUGCCUACGGAAGAGGCGAUCAGGGGAGUCACAUCGGACAAGGAGGGAAAUGUCCUGCUGACUGAUUGGAAUAAAAGCGUCUACAAGUACAAUACCUCCGGAGUAAAUAUACGUGUAUUUCAAUUCAGCACCCGGGGAAUGGGGCAACGGAACUCUCUCAGAGGUAUUUGUCUGGACACCUCUGGUCACAUCAUUGUGGCGAGCUUUCAUAACCACCGGGUAGACAUGUUCACAAGCCAGGGCGAGUUUGUCCGCACCAUCGCGGACAUUAUUCAACCAUGGGGUGUCGCUAUGGGACCAUGUGGAGAGUUGGUGGUGACUAGCCCAUAUACAAACACUGUAACUAUCUUCCCACGCCACAUGGUGCUUCCUUGA